CUGAUUCUCCUUCUAGAUACUCUCUUCGGUUCGAAGCUUGAUCGCAUUCAGAUUGCUGGGAAGGGAAAAAAAAGAGAACAGAACUGUCUGCAUUGCGGGUUCUAUAGAAGCAGGAGCCUAAGUUUAUCGUAUUUAUGUCAAAAAGUAUGCCGGGCAUGAUAAUGAAAGCGAUCAAGUGUCCUACCGACGAGCUCAGCCUCUCCAACUGUGCUGUGAUUAAUCGUGAUGAUUUUCCAGAUGAUAUAAAGCACAUCGAAGUUACUACAGGUCCAAAUCAGCAUUUCGUUUUCACGGUAAAGACCCAUCAUGACAUACCUCGUGGAACAGUCGGCUUCAGCUUGCCUCAACGUAAAUGGGCAACACUAUCCCUCAAUCAGGACAUCGAAGUUCGUCCUUAUCACUUUGACCCAACAUCGAGCUCUGAAUUCCUCUGCACAAUCGUCGUCGAAGCCGACUUCCUGCAAAAGAAAACAACGACACUGGAGCCAUAUGACACGGAACUAAUGGCGAAGGAAUUUCUGCUGCAGUUCUCAGGUCAAGCAUUUACAGUCGGGCAGCAGUUGGCAUUCCAAUUUCAAGAUAAAAAGAUGCUUGGACUUGUGAUCAAAAGUUUGGAGGCAGCCGAUAUUGCAGCUAUAAAAUCAGGGCAGGACGCAAAGCCAAGAAAGACAAAAAUGGGACGAUGCCUAGGUGAUACGAUGAUCCAAUUUGAAAAAGCUGAGAAUUCAAGCUUGAAUUUAACUGGAAAAGCUAAGGGAAGAGUUGUUCGACAAUCCAUCAUCAAUCCUGACUGGGAUUUCCAGAAAAUGGGAAUCGGUGGCUUGGACAAAGAGUUCAAUGCCAUAUUCCGUCGAGCCUUUGCAUCACGAGUAUUUCCUCCUGAAGUCGUUGAGCAGCUUGGAUGUAAGCACGUGAAAGGAAUUCUUUUAUACGGGCCGCCAGGUACCGGUAAAACUUUGAUGGCUCGGCAGAUAGGAACAAUGUUAAACGCGAGGGAACCCAAGAUCGUUAACGGGCCGCAGAUCCUGGAUAAAUACGUUGGUGAGAGUGAAGCGAAUAUCCGAAGACUGUUCGCUGAUGCUGAAGACGAAGAAAAACGGCUGGGUCCAAACAGUGGACUGCACAUAAUAAUCUUUGACGAAAUCGAUGCUAUCUGCAAAUCUCGUGGUAGUGUCGCCGGAAAUACCGGCGUUCACGACACUGUUGUCAACCAGUUGCUUGCGAAGAUCGAUGGUGUGGAGCAGCUAAACAACAUUCUUGUCAUCGGGAUGACGAAUAGGAGAGACAUGAUUGACGAGGCUCUGUUGAGACCUGGCAGAUUGGAGGUUCAAAUGGAAAUUGGCUUGCCGAAUGAACAUGGUAGAUAUCAAAUCGUGAACAUUCACACGUCCAGAAUGCGAGAUUACAAGAAGAUUGCACCUGAUGUGGACCUGAAAGAACUGGCAACUCUGACAAAAAAUUUUAGUGGUGCAGAAUUGGAAGGUUUGGUAAGAGCUGCGCAGAGCACGGCUAUGAACAGACUAAUCAAGGCGUCAAGCAAGGUAGAAGUCGAUCCUGCAGCAAUGGAGAAGCUCAUGGUCGGCAGGAGCGAUUUUCUUCACGCGUUGGAAAAUGACAUCAAACCUGCAUUUGGUACUAGCGCCGAUGCGUUGGAUCAUCUGUUAACACGUGGAAUUAUCAACUGGGGUCGGCCAGUUGCAGAGAUACUUGCAGACGGUUCACUUUAUAUUCAGCAAGCUCGUGCUUCCGAAGGUUCUGGUCUCGUUUCCGUUCUAUUGGAGGGACCGCCAAACAGUGGCAAGACUGCACUUGCUGCACGCAUAGCGAAAAACUCCGACUUUCCAUUCGUCAAAGUUUGCACACCGGAAGACAUGGUGGGCUACACCGAAUCUGCAAAGUGUCUGUCCAUUCGAAAGAUCUUUGACGACGCAUAUCGUUCACAACUCAGUUGUAUUUUGGUCGACAACAUCGAACGGCUCCUGGACUAUGGUCCAAUUGGUCCACGAUACUCGAAUUUAACUCUCCAAGCGCUGUUGGUGCUUCUAAAGAAGGAACCUCCGCGUGGUCGCAAGCUGCUCAUCUUAUGCACAACGAGUCGCAGAGGUGUAAUGGAAGAUAUGGAGAUGCUGUCGGCAUUCAGCACUGUUCUUCAUGUACCCAACUUGUCGACUUCUGAUCAUCUUCUGGCUGUAUUGGAAGAGGCGGAUCUUUUCUCAAAGGAAGAACUUUCGUCUCUGCACGCUAAACUCCAAGGUCAUCGCAUAUUCAUCGGUAUCAAGAAAUUGUUGGGUCUUAUCGACAUGGCAAGACAAACAGAAGCUAGUUACAGGGUGCCAAAGUUCUUGUCGAAGUUAGAAGAGGAGGGUGGCCUAGAGUAGACGGGUAAACUUAGGCGAGAAAUUUAAAUUAUUAUUAGGCUAAGCAAAUCAUUAUUAUUGUAAUUAGCGAAUUUAGAUGAAAACUCAUGCUAAUAUGCUUUCUGUAGAUUAGCACUUGACACUAAUCUAUUAAUAAAAUCCGAAUCUCGGAGACGUACGAUAUUUACUAAUCACGGAAUUCUCAUCCUUCGUUAGUUCGUCUGUUCACAGAAAUCUACAUAAUUAAAAUGUAAUAUAGCAUUCCAGAGAAUUUCGUAAUCUCUCACUGAGAUGUAUUUAUUUAUACCAAUGUUAGCAUGGGUGUUGCAUAAGCUAGCGUAACGCAUUGUUUGAAAAGUUUUAUUAAUUAUUGAUAUGAUGCCCCGUACUUUGUUGUUAUCAAUCGCAUUUUGAUUGAUUAAAUCGUGUAUAUCGAUAUAAACAAUUUUUUGCGCUAUUUGUUGUUACACGAUGCCUCCAAUGAUGGAAAAUAUUGUAAUUAGACUCGAUUUUAGUCAUAAUGUUGAAAUCGUUAGUCGGUUGUCAAACACCGAGGAAAUCUUAAUUGUUAAAAACUUACAUUUUUUGUCCAUUGUUUAAUCAUAACUAGAGCAAAGUAUUAAUUAUAGCUCGUUCUUGCGCAGGACUUGAGACUAGGAUAUUUUUAUGCAUUGUCUCGCUGUUGUGUUUGACAACAACAAACGCGAGACAAUAUACUGAAGAGAAUAUAUUAUAUUAAUGAUAAUUAUGUAUUUAAAUAUAUAUAUGAAGCAUAUUAUACAGAUGAACGUUAGAAAAGACUUGAUAAUCUAUGUAGUGUGAAUUUCUGUAAAAUACUGCCGUAACGCAGACUGCUUCUGUCAUCAACUUUUAAACCGUAAAUAUCUUCGUCUUUGUAGGAAUAAGUUAUUCGAGUACUGUACGUUGUAUUACAUGCUUUUAACUACACCUUCAAAGCGAUCAUCCGAAAUUGUUAUCGAUUCUUCGGUGUACCUUCCAGUAAUAAUCAGCCUAAACAUAACUUGGUAGGAAAGUAACUUGAAAGAAACUUCUUCUUUAAUAUUAUACACUUGUUGAUUUUUGCUACUUCAUUAAAAACUUUUGAAAAACUUGAUAUAAAUUGAUUUUCUCGACAUCGUACGUAUCUAAUAUCUCACACUUGAACAAUACGUAAUCUAUGUAAUUAUUUUUUUGUACUUUACCUUAUAUUCUUGAUGAAUUGAUACUUUGCUUAUUUAAAAAUUGUGUAUUCGGUAAGAACGCAUGUGCCUCAAAUGUACGUACAGGUCAUGUAUUUUCGAGUGAACAGAAAGCUUCUGUCAAUUACAAGCAGAACUUUCGGCGUAUAAGAAAGUGCAAAGCGAGUUUCUAUACUAUUUCAGUUUUGCCGUUUUCUUCCAAUUCACGUAUCCAAUUGUUAACGGAAACAAAUUUAAUAGUAUAGCAUUGGGAUUGAAGACAUGAAAUGAUUCAUUUAGCAACUUGUCUUUACGCCUGUCUCUGGAACAAAAGCAGUUUCGAAUAUUUUUGAAAGCUAUAAAUGUAGUUUUCACGUUCAAAACCACCUUGGUUACAGUCAUUGAAUUUGAGUCUAAGGUACGAAAAAGAUAAAGUCUGUACAAAACUAAUGAUACAGACUUGCCAAUAUUCAAUAACUUCCUUCUUACUGCGCAGCCAUAGUAUUUUUUGAACUGAUUAUUUUACUGUAUAAUCAUUCCAGAUUUUUUAAAUAUUGAAUAUUUUUUUAUAACCCAUGUAUGUACUUUGUUACAUUUUACAAAAAAUGAUAUAAAUUUUAUUGAUUUGUUUUUUUUCCCAUGAUUAAUACAGAAUAUUGUAUAUCAUAUAUUUAAUCUUCACGAGUAUCAGACAUGACUGAUACAAAGUUCAGUUGAGCACUGAAAUUUAUCCCAAGUUCCUGAUUUUCCGUAUAAAUAUAUCAUGUAAAAUAAGAAUUUAGACAUUGUAGACAAUAGAAAUGAAAAUAGUACUUAUUCAUGUAUAAAUUCAACUAGUUCUUUGUGACAUAAAAAAAAAGAAUCGAAGGAAAACAAGUAGUAAUGUUCAAACACGAGAAAUUGUUUGAUUAAUAUUGUUGUCGAUAUUACUAUCUCUUAGUGUUCAUAUUUCUCGAUGUAUUAAUAUUAACAUGUCUGUGUAUAAAUAAAAUAAAUUCAGUAUCAUAUUA